GAUCGUAAGAAAUGAACGAAAGAACAAGUUAUAUGAACGGGUCAUUUGAACGAUCCGAUCCAAACGAUCCGGAUCGUUCGAUUGACCCGAAAUUCCCAUCACUAAUAAUGAUCUAAAAUUUAUGACGAAAAUUAAGUUAUUAACUAAAGCCAUUUAAGAAAACUGUAGUAACCAACUACACGGUAUAUUAAAUCUUCAAUAACCAAUGAUAAUAGUACUAAAUCAUUUUUGUUGUGUAUAUUUGAUUAAUAUUCCUAUUUGAUAUAAAAGCAUAAUAUUUUUUCUUUGAAUUUAAGAUAUUAAACUUAAAUAAAAUAUAUUUCUGUGACAAUUUGUACUGUAACAUCAAGUUUAAAUGAUUUAAUUCCUACAAAAAAUUUAAUUUGAUUAACUUUUUUAAAGUAUGGCUAACAAUCCUGAGGAACCAAUAUUAAUGAAAACAAGUGAAGAGUUUGAUGAGUUUUACACUGAAGUGAAAGAAAUAGAGAAACGUGAUUCAGUAUUAACUCCUAAACAGCAAUUAGAUAGACUUUUAAGACCUGGAGCUUCAUAUUUUAACCUUAAUCCAUAUGAAGUUCUUCAAAUUGAUCCAGAAACACCUUUAGAUGAAGCCAAAAAAAAAUAUAAAAGACUAUCAAUCUUAGUACAUCCUGAUAAAAAUCAGGAUGAUUUAGAAAGAGCUAACACUGCAUUUGAAACAGUGAAUCGAGCAUGGCGAACUAUUGAAAAUGAUGAAUGUAGAAAAAAAUGCCUUGAAAUUAUUCAAGAAGCAAAAGAUAUGACUGAAUUUAUGAUUACUGAAAAACGCAAAAAGUUAAAAAAAGAAGGCAAAGAAUUAACAGUAGAAGAAGAUGACCCUGCUAUUAUGAAACGUAGUAUAUAUGUCCAAACAUGUAAGUUAUUUGCUGAUUUAGAACGCAAAAGAAAACAACAUGAAGAAAGAGAUCAACAAGAAAGAAAACGAAAAAGAGAACAAGAAAUUGAAGAAGAACAGAAGGCUUCUAUGUCAAAAGAAUGGCAGAAAAACUUUGAUGAAUCUAGAGAAAGUAGAGUAAACAGUUGGAAAGCUUUUCAAGAAAAAUCUAAAAAAUCAAGUAAAAAGAUAAAAUCAUUUAAACCACCAAAACAUAAAGCUGAAUCAAGAUAAAUUGCAAUGCAUUGAAUAUUUAAUAAUAAAACUAUGUAAUAUAGUUAUCUUAAAUAAUGUACUUUAUGUUUUAUAGAUGUACAAUAUAUAUAUAUAUAUAACAUUUAAGUGAUUCAACUAGUUUUUUUUUAUUACUUUAAAAUGUUUUUUAUUGUAGUGUAACAAAUUUAUAAUUUCCAAUGGUAAUGUCAUGGA